CAUCUGUCUGUGCCUGUGUGCGUCUUGGAGCUGGACUUUUGGGAGCGGAAAGGCCACUGUUACUUUCACAGUUGGCGUCAAGUCGAAUGAGAGUGACCCUCUGACAUUCUACUGUGUCGGUCAGACAGCGCGCAUCGGAAAAGGGCCGAACCGUUACCGAACGAACGCAGUCAAAAGGAAUAGGUAUUGGGGAUUUUAGACGGGGUAGUAGUGAGUGUAUGAGAUAUUAUUGAAUAUUUUAAGUUUAUUAUUCCACUUUUGAUAUACAAGCAUCAGUUAUCGAUUGAUAGGCUAACUGUUGGGGCACAUUAGGCGUCUGGAUUUUCGGAAUCAACAAUUGUUUUCUGCGUUUGGAUUAUUAUUAUUUUCAUUUUCCUGGGAAAUGGCAAGUUCUUAUUCUGCGAGAGAAACACGACUUUCCGAGGAAAGAGGAAACAGCAGCUGAAUAGGCUACUAAAGGAUGCUGGCAACCUGAAGCUGUCAGACACAUUUCUCCUACAUUUCUGAGACAUUUGUUGUUUUGCUUUGAGGACUAUAAAACCGUGGAAAUAUCAAAGUUUAUUUUUUUUAUCUUUUUCUUUUUUUUUACAGAUUUGUGUAUUUUACAGUCCAAUGAUGUAUUGUGGAUGUAUACUGUUAUUUUCAACCCAACUCAUUGUUGUGGCUUCAUUGAUUCAAAGCGUUGCAGAUAAAUGUGGAGAUAACAUUGAGAUAACCAAUGCAGAUUACCUCACCUCGACUGGCUAUCCGAACUCAUACCCUCCAUCACAGCAAUGUAUGUGGGUGAUAUCAGCCCCAGAACCGGGCCAGAAGAUACUCAUCAACUUUAACCCACAUUUUGAUCUGGAGGACAGAGAAUGCAAGUAUGACUAUGUGGAGGUGUUUAACGGUGGGGACGAGAAGGCUCCAACCCUGGGGAAGUUCUGUGGGAAGAUCGCUCCCUCCCCUAUCAUCUCAAGCGGCAGCCAGCUUCUCAUCAAGUUUGUGUCCGACUACGAAACCCACGGGGCUGGUUUCUCCGUACGUUACGAAGUCUUCAAGACAGGGCCUGAGUGCUCCAGAAACUUCACCUCAUCCAAGGGCGUAAUAAAGACGCCAGGCUUCCCAGACAAGUACCCCAACAACCUGGACUGCACCUUCAUGGUCAUCGCCCCCAAGAUGUCCGAGAUCGUGGUGGACUUCGACGCGUUCGACAUGGAGCCUGACACCACCCCUCCACCCGGGGCACUGUGUCGCUACGACUGGCUGGAGAUCUGGGACGGGUUCCCUGCAGUGGGUCCCCACAUCGGGCGGUACUGUGGUAACAGCAGUCCUGGACGGGUCAUCUCCUACACUGGGAUCCUGUCUAUGACCAUCAACACUGACAACGCCAUCGCCAGAGAGGGCUUCUCAGCCAAUUACACUGUCAGAGAGAAGAGCCUGCCACAGGGACAGACACCAGAGGACUUUAAGUGUGUGGAGGGCCUGGGGAUGGAGUCAGGGGCGAUCACCUCGGAUCAGAUCACUGCCUCCUCUCAGUACAACUCUAACUGGUCUCCUGAGCGCUCCAGACUCAACUACAAAGAGAAUGGCUGGACCCCCUCUGAAGACUCCAGCAGAGAGUGGAUUCAGGUGGACCUAGGAUUUCUCCGCUUUGUCUCAGCCGUGGGAACACAGGGUGCCAUCUCCAAGGAAACCAAGAAGGAGUACUUUGUCCGCUCCUACAAAGUGGAUGUGAGCUCCAAUGGAGAGGACUGGGUCACAAUAAAGGAGGGAUCGAAGCAGAAGAUUUUCCAGGGGAACCACAACCCUACAGAUGUGGCCAGGUCGUUCCUGCCCAAGCAGACUCUGGCGCGCUACGUCCGCAUCAGACCCAUGUCCUGGGAGAUAGGCAUAUGCAUGCGCUUCGAGGUUUACGGCUGCAAGACCUCAGACUACCCCUGUUCAGGCAUGCUGGGGAUGGUCUCCGGACAGAUCUCAGACGCCCAGGUCACUGCGUCGUCGCACGCGGAGCGUGGCUGGGUACCGGAGAACGCCAGGUUGCUAACAGGGAGGUCGGGAUGGACCCAGCAACAGACCAGACAGCCCUUCAGGAACGAGUGGCUGCAGGUGGACCUGGGCCAGGACAAGCUGGUCAGCGGCCUGGUUAUCCAGGGAGGACACCACAGAGACAAGAAUGUGUUCAUGAAGAGGUUCAAGGUGGGUUACAGCAGCAACGGCUCUGACUGGACCAUGGUGAAUGAAGACAACGAUGCCAAGCCUAAGAUCUUCAUUGGGAACCAGAACCAUGACACCCCAGAGCUGCGUACGCUGGGCCCUCUGCUUACUCGCUUCCUCAGGGUUUACCCAGAGAGAGCCACCCCCGAGGGCCUGGGCCUCAGACUGGAGCUGCUGGGCUGUGAGAUCCAGGAGCCCACAACUGUCCCACCGACCACGCCUGUAGCGAUCACGUUUGCUGUGACCACGUUCGCCGCCACCACGACCGCGUCUGUGACCAAGCCCGCGCCGACGUCAGAAGAGUGUGACGACGAGCAGGCCAGCUGUCACAGUGGAACAGGAACAGGAGCCGGAGGGGAGGACUACGACCCAACAGGUGACACCACAGUGGCAGACCCUAUCAUAGAGGGAGACCGCAUACCAGAGUACCUGUGGUUCGCGUGUGACUUUGGCUGGGCGGACAACCCAUCGUUCUGCGGCUGGACACUGGAGACGGAUGCUGGUGCUGGUUGGAUGAUUCAUACCAGUGGGGCCCCUACAGUCCACAGAGGACCCAACCUAGAUCACACAGGAGGUCCAGGAAAUUUCAUCUACAUGCUGCUGGCUACUGAGACCGAAAGGAAGGAGGAAGAGUCAGAGGAGGAGAGGAUGGAGGAGAGGGUGGCACGCCUAGCCAGCCUGCCCGUCACCGCCCCUGACGCAGACCUGUGUGUGUCCUUCUGGUACCACAUGUUCGGGGAGCACGCCGGCACCCUGCACAUCAAACAGAACAAGGAGACAGAGGAGGGACGGACUGAGGCACUGCUCUGGACUGUCAGUGGACACCAGGGCAGCCGAUGGAGGGAGGGACGAGUGCUGGUGCCCCACUCUAACAAACCCUAUAAGGUGGUGAUUGAGGGAGUGGGAGACAGGAGCACAGGACAUAUCGCGCUGGACAAUAUCAAGAUCCUGGAUGGACUCACAACAGAGGAGUGUAAGGAUCCAGAUAUACGCGAGGCUCCUACGUCCCAGCCAACAGAGAUCUGCAUAUACCCAAUAGACCCAUACUACCCAGCGGUAGUGGAGAACAGUGAGCUGGGUGGCCCAGGCAACAUGCUGAAAACCCUGGACCCCAUCCUCAUCACCAUCAUCGCUAUGAGCGCUCUGGGCGUCUUGCUGGGGGCUAUCUGUGGUGUCGUCCUCUACUGUGCCUGCUCACACGGCCACAUGUCCGACAGCAGGAACUUGUCGGCUCUGGAGAACUAUAACUUUGAGCUGGUGGACGGAGUCAAGCUAAAGAAGGACAGCAAGCUGAAUGCACAGAACAGCUACUCAGAGGCGUAAGCUAAAGGCGUGAGCUUCCUCUGAGGGAAGGAAGCACAAGCAGCCUCAUAGCUGGAGGAACUAGACCACCGGACGGAGGGUUGGGACCCAAAUGGCACCGUAUUCCAUAUAUACUGUACUAUGUAGGGGAUAGGGUGCCCUGUAGUGCACUAUGUAGGGGAUAGAGUGCCAUUUUGGACGCAGUCAGCCGUAGAGAUGGUAGGAGGUUGUGACCGAGUCGUGAUAUUCUCAGGGGCUGCAGUGAAAGGAAUUUACCAGUAGGGGGCACUGUGUAUAAAGAAAAUGUGUACAGCAAAAAUGAUUAUUUAGUUUUUUGGAUGUUUUGUGACGUGCUUUGUUUUUAUGUAAUCAGAUGCUGGUGUUGAGACCAAUUAAUAUGAAAGUAUUUAUCAUUGUUUUUGUUAUUUUUCUUCUGAAAAUAUAUGAUUUUUCAUUUUU